AUGUGGAGUAAUCAUCUCCCUCCCUGGGUGGCACCACUCAUUGACAGAGCCACCACCAACAUCAUCACAGAGAUCGAGCGUGUCGGGCAGAAAGUUGCUGCGACCAUCGUCCCAAAGGUGCUGGAAAGCAGCACCUCUAUUGGCCAAAAGUUGGACGAUAAGACAGCUGCUGUGGUGCGCGCCAACUUUGAUGCAAGUGAACAAGUUGUGAAACAACUGAGUGCCCAGAUGGCCCGAGCCAAUGGUGACAUCGCUGAUAAGGUGGUCCAAUCUCUCCUCGAACGACCUGAGAUCAUCGCUGCUCUGCAUGAUGGGCCGGCGGCGGUUACUACUACAUCUGAUGGAGUUACGGAGGCUAGGUUGAAGGAGAUCAUUCAAGCUGUGGCCGAUGAAGAGAGGCAGCAGUUGAAGCUUCUGGCGAAGGACGUUGAGGUCAUGCUCGACGACUUGAAGGGCCAACCACUAAGCGAGAGUAUGUUGGCAUGCAAGCUGGCCGACAUCGACGAUAACAUUCAAACGGUGGUUAAGGAGGUCUCAGCGGAGAUCGGCGAGCAAGGAAGUAUCACCUUUGCUCAACUCGAGAGGCUCAAUGACAAUCUUGAAUCGCUCAAUGCGAUGCUACAGAACAUCACUGCCGUGGAGGCCCGUCAUGAGGAGGAUUUACAACGGUUGGACAUUUCCGUCCAAGAAAUCAAGGCUGAGCAGACUGAGCUCUUGGGAGAGGUGAAGGGUGAUGGUGAUGGAUUUGGUGACAAGAACGGACAAGACAGGUUAUUCGACCUCCAGCGGAGCAUUAACGUCUUGAAGACGUACAUCUACAUCCUCAGCUCAGCGGCUGUGGUUGGGGUGCUGCUACUCUGCCAUAAUACUAAUUUGAUUCACCAGCUCAUGGAGUGUUCCCAAGAUGUCGAUGCCUCCCUCCAAUACGUUGCCUCCAGCCUUGGGCGACAGGCUGUUGCUCUCGCCCAUCAAGCUGAGGCUGUUGAAGCUCUCGAUCAGACCGUUAGGGAUCCUCCCAAUGAUGAUGGUGGUGGAGCUGCUGCUGCUGCUGCUGCUGACCAGAAGGUGACCAAGAAGUGGUUCGAUGACAAUUGGAGCUACUGGACGAUGUCAGGCGUUCUACUAGCCUGGACCGUCUGGUUGGCUGAUGAAUAUCUUUGUGGUGGAAAGUGGACUUGGGUGAAGAAUACUCCACCACCGCCACCAUCAACGACUACUUCUGCUGUUCUCGAGAAUAUCAUCUCAAGUGCUGCCAGUGAUGGUGGUGGUGAGAGUUCUGUGGUGGAUGCUGUUGGGGACGCGGCUGUUAGUAUUGCUGAUACAGAGCUCUCUCCAGACUGGAGCAUACAGUGA